AUGGAAAUAACUCCAGCCGCCAAAGAACGAAACGAGUUGUUUCAAAAACUGAAGCCAUGCUGCAUUAAAGUGAGCCAGCUGGCGAUCCGGGAGCAGGGAGACCCAAAUACGCACCGAGAAGUGCUGGAACUUGUUAAACAGAUUCUCGCCAUCUUGAACGAGCAAAUCUCCAAGAGUCCACUGGCUCUUGAUGAGAAGCUAGCGGAAUAUGUCUUUUUCCCGCUACAAAACAUCUUUCGUCAGCUGGAGCAAUAUCCCAUGAAUGUGGUGGAGGAUUGCGUCAAAUGCCUAAAUAUCCUAAUCGUUCACGGAUGGAAGACUAGAAUAUCUGCAAAACUAGUACAACAGAUAUUCAGCUUCCUCAUAUUCAUCAUAGAUGGCGUUCCGGGAUCCCCCAGGAGAGACAUCCCCGAAGAGACGGUGCUCGAGGCAUUCCGGGCCGAAACUGCGCUACUCACCACCGCAGGCUCAUCCGUCGCGGCGGCGGCGGGGCUAUCUGAACCUGAGUCUUUGCCAGCACUGGGACAUGGAAUUACAGUUAUGCUUGAUGGUGUUUCGGAGGGAGCAAACGCAGAGAUUCAGCGUGAGGCACUGAGGACGUUGGAAGCAGUCUACGGAGCUAUUAAGGAGCAUGCUGCGCUGGCCAGUUUUCUCCCGGGAACAAUUUCAUCACUUGCAACGGUGUUAUCGAAACCAUCUCGAUAUAAGAAGUUGGUAAUAGCAAAAUGUCUAGGAACCGUGCGAGUGGUCCUGACACGGGUGCUGUCUGACAUGCGGACACGGUCUAUCAUCGCCAAAGAAACCGAAAGCCAGACCGAUGCCGACAAAUCCAAAGUUCUCAGCCCAGCGUGGCUAAAGGCUACUGUGGCCCAAGUCCAGGUGGCCUUGUCGGUGAUGAUGAGGCUACGGACCCAUGAGGCGGCUGAAGUCCGUGAGGCUCUGGGGCGACUAUGCGUAACUUUGUUGGACGAAUGCCACACUACUUUGUCAAACUGCACAACCAUCCUUGUCGAGACAUCAGUGAUUCUUGACCAAGAGUCAGAUCAUGACUCCAUGACGGAAACGAGCCUGAGGUACUUGGUCAAUAUAUAUCCCGAGCUGGGCGAAUGCAUCAAAUCAACAGUCUACAACUGGAUGUCAAGCCUUCCCCGCCUUGUGCAGGCAAGUGACGAGAAGGUAAAGGAGCAGGCAGUCUACAAUUUGACCAAGGGAAUCGAACUGUUGCGGAGUCUGAGAAUCGAAUCGUCGACGCUCGAUGAUUCAAUCAGCAGUACUCUGAGAGAAAGCAUAAUGGCAGUUGUCAGUGCGUCAAAAACACAACAACCCAAUGCCAACAGCCGUGUACUGCUGCUUGAUGAUGGGUCUUCUGCCUCAACCGCAACUAGCGAAUCGCAAUUUCAGCCAGUUUUAUUAGGUCACGAAGGACAAAGAAGAUUGAAGGGCGAGAUAAUGAGUCUUUUACGAACUGUUGGCUCCAUUUCGCAGAAUACGAAAAUUGCCGCCAACAUGCUAGACUGUGUUCGAGAAUCUACAUCGCUCAACCAGUUGACUGCCUAUUGGCUGUGUUUUGAGCUAAUCAAGGCCUCUCAUGCCGGCUCUGAAGAUACGGACGCGCUGUUCGAUCUGUCGGCGUUUACUGAGCAAUCAGAAGACAUAAACCAAGUCUUUGACGAGCUAUACGACUUUUCUGUUCAAGUACUAGACUCACACACCGAGAUGGCGCAGGUUGACUGGCGUUUGGAAGCUAUUGCUCUUGAAAUAAUGGCUUAUGCUGCGCAUAGAUCAGGAGAGAAGUUUCGACCAGAGCUCAUUGAUGUCCUCUUCCCCGUUGCCACGUUCCUGGGAUCGGAGAAUGGUAACCUACAGCAACAUGCCAUUGCCACGCUAAACAGCAUAGCACUAUCAUGCCAGUAUUCAAACGUCUCCGAGUUGAUCAUCGACAACGUCGACUACAUGGUUAACUCGGUCUCGCUGCGGCUUAACACGCUUGACAUCUCCCCGGCAUCCACGCAGGUCUUGCGAAUGAUGGUGCGGUUGGCGGGGCCUCGCCUGGUGCCGUUCUUGGAUGAUGUCGUCGAGUCAAUGUUUGCCGCUCUGGAAAAUUAUCACGGGUACACAUCGUUCGUGGAAAGCCUCUUCUCCGUUUUGAAGGAGAUUGUAGACCAGGCAACUCAGGCGGAUGGUCGACUCCUGACUGACGCUGAGCGGUCAUCCACCAACCACAAGAAACAAACGCAAGCGAUGGAGAAUUUAGAUAUGCUUCUGGAAAUCCUUGAUAGACGGAAACAGAGGGAAGAGCGUGAUAAAGCCGAGAUGGAAAACAUAGGGGUCAAGGGCGGACACCCUGGGGUUCCGUGGACAAGCGACUUGGCUCAAGGACAGGGUCAGCAAGACCAAGAAGAACCCCCCAGAGAGGAAGAAAAACCGCCAAACUCGCCUACGUACCAGCUCGUUCAGCGCGUGGCAACCCUCACGCAGCACUACCUGACGUCGCCAACUCCGACGCUCAGAAGGUCUCUGCUGGAACUCGUCGCUGCGGCAUCAUCUGUCCUCGCCGCAGACGAGGACUCGUUUCUGCCCCUUGUCAAUGCCAUCUGGCCAGUCGUCAUCGCAAGGCUCCACGACCCAGAGACUUUUGUCGUCGUCGAAGCCUGCGAAACACUCUCCGGACUGUGCAAAGCGGCGGGCGAUUUCCUCAGCACCCGCUGGAAGACAGAGUGGUGGGACGGGCUCGGCGAAUGGUGUCGCAAAGCCAAGCAGCAUGCGUCCAGGGACAAGGGGCGCCCGAAUGUUUCUUCAAAGAGCCAGUCGGGAAAAGAAAUCGCGCUGGGCGGAGGACUCGGUCAACAUGCUUCGCCGGUGAGGAUAUGGGAGGCAGUGGUGAGGCUUCUCACUGCCAUCGUUUCGUACGUGCGAGUAGAGGAUGAGAUGUUUGAUGAGAUUCUGGAGCUCCUAGCAGAUGACAUGGAGAAGAACCGGGAAGUAAGGGAUGCUUUGGAGGUCAUCAAUGCUGAUGCCGUCUGGGCUGUGAGAUAUGAGCGUGGGCUCGUCGAAUGGACUCCCGCUCCGUUGUUGGAGGGAGUGGUGUUUCCGGAAAUGGAGAGGAUAUCAUAA